AUAAGAAGAAAUGGAAAGGAAAAAACACCGUCUUGCGACUUUAACCUAAAAAAUAUAACUUGAAAAGUUCAAAAAUAAAAAUAAAAUAAUCAAUUUUUGUCAUCACGAAAUGACUCUUUAUCACUUCGGAAAUUGUAUUGCGUUAAUUUAUGUGCCCUAUUAUCUUGCAUAUAAAAAUUCUGGAUUGCCAGAAUAUGGAGCUUUCUGGAAAUGCAUACAAGCUGGAUUUUGUUAUAUGUUCACUCAACUGGCGAAAAUGUUGAUAUUGGCAACGUUCUUCCCAGAUAAUGUGUCCGACCUCGGUAGUGAUUUGAUUGGGGAAUUUCUCAAGUCGACGGUAGAUCUAGCAGAUUUAGUAGGAUUAUACAUAGUCUUAGCAAGUAUCCCAGGAAAGGGUCACAGCAAAGUACUAACUGCAGGCAUAGGAUGGGCAACAGCAGAAGUAAUCCUUUCCAGAGCACUUCUCCUAUGGGUAGGGGCAAGAGGCGCCGAAUUUGACUGGAUAUACAUUCAGAAAUGCCUAGAGUCAAAUAUCUUCCUUAUCCAACAUAUUGUCACAGCUACUUUGAUUUGGCUGUGGUCCAGGCAUGAUUUGAAAAGCAACAUUCGCACUGCUGUUACUUUGUUGCUAGUACUCACCUCCUACAAGUCCUUGCUGCUGGAUUUGCUGUUGACUGGCAUGGGGGCCAGUGCCUGGUUUGGACUGUUCAUCAAGGCCUUUGUUACAAUGGUUUAUGGGUUUUUCACCCUUAUGAUAUAUGCUGGGCUAGCUCAAGUUAUAGGAAUUUUCUAAAUUAUCAAGUUUCAUUAGAUUAUUUUUG